CUCAGGUACUUUUCCAGCUUCCACAGGUGUGGCGGAAAAGUGUUCCGGUUCAGUCAAAUCCAGACGAACUUCCUGUUUACACCAUGGCAUCUUUAUGGGAUGACUUGGACAGUCUUGUGAAUUCCCCUUCUUCUUUCUCAGCAAAAACUGGAGAUAGAGGAACCAUCAAGCCAAAAGCAAACUUUGAUGCAGGAGAAGAUGUUGCAGCUCUGAAGGAUGCUAUUGAAGGACUUGGCACCAAAGAGAAGGUUUUGAUUGACAUUUUGACCCACAGAAGUAGUGCUCAGAGACAGGUCAUCUGUGAAGCUUAUCAGGAAGCCACUGGCAGAACAUUACGGGAGGACCUGAAGGGCGACACCGAUGGGGACUUUGAGGACCUGCUUGUGGCGCUCAUCACCCCUCCUGCAAAGUAUGACUGCCAUGAAGUGAUGCGGGCCAUGGAAGGAGUUGUGACAGAAGAGAGCACCUUGAUUGAAAUCUUUGCCUCCAGAUCCACUGAACAAAUCAAAGCUUUCUGUGAUGUCUAUUUGCAAGAAACAGAGAAAAAGUUGACCCUGGACCUAAAGGCAGAAGUUUCUGGAGACUUUUGCAGUGCGCUGCUCCUCCUUGCUGAGGCAACAAGGGAUGAUAGCACCACAGUAGAUACAGAGAAGGCAAAAGAGGAUGCCAAGACUCUUUACAGUGCUGGGGAGGAGAAAUGGGGCACAGAUGAAUCUAAAUUUAUUGACAUCCUCUGCCAAAGAAGUAUACCUCAGCUGAGACAAACUCUUGUUGAAUACAAGAACAUCAGUGGAAAGACACUGCAACAAAGCAUCGAAGGAGAGAUGUCAGGGGACCUGGAGGAACUACUGGUGGCUAUUGUGAAAUGUGUGAAGAGCGUACCCGCCUACUUUGCAGAACGCCUGUAUGAGUGUAUGAAGGGUGCUGGAACAGACGAGUGCACCCUGAACCGGAUCAUGGUGAGUCGGUCUGAGAUCGAUCUGUUGGACAUCAGGACUGAGUUCAAGAAACUCUACGAGUACUCACUGCUCUCUGCCAUUGAGUCAGAUCUGGGGGGCGAUCAUGGGGACUGUGUGAAGGCUAUCUGUGGAGGAGACGACUAGCUAAUGCCUGAGGAAGUCCGCUUCAUCUUGAACUCUCACUCGAGGCCCUCUGUCGUUUAUGAUACUUCUACUAUGCUUUCAUUUUUAAGCUACUAACUGAUAAAUUGUUUACGGUCUUAGAGCAAUAGACAGCUUUGAAAAAUACACGUCACAUAUGAAAUCAUAAAAGGAUAGUGAGACAUCUUGAGAGACAUGCAGAUCAUUAAAGAUUAAAUUUAAAUCUGGAAAUGUUAACUGAUGUUUAAAUAUAAAAUUCUGUUUUGUUUCAGACGGAAUUAUUAAAAGACUCUGCUGAAAUAAAUCCUAACAUCCACAUGUGAUCCUCUCACCGUGUCUACAUUUCUGUCA